UUUAAACGAACUUUUCAAUGUUCAUUUAAUGAUAAUUUUGAUUUAUUCGAACGCUUUACGUCACUCGAAUCGCGUCAUCUAGCGUUAGAAAAAUAGACAUCGUUUUAAACGAGACAACAGAUAUACUCAGAAUCUUUAGGAAGGGGUUAACGUUUCACUGAGCAUGCGCAAACUAAAACACGGUGCGGAUUUAGAGUUCGUAACUUGCGAGCUCCUUCUCUCAAAAGAGAGUCUUUCACAAACUUCCUUUUGAUUCAUAACCGAAGAAAAAUUCGAGGAUGCAAUUGGUGUACAUUCUAUUGAUAUUCGUUACUUAUGUUUUGGGUUUUUCAAAACAAAUCGCUAUAGGCGGUAUUUUCGAUGACGACGAAAUGAUUAAACAUGCCUUCGAAUUAUCGAUAAGAUCGGUCAAUCGAGAUCAUUGGAACAUUCAUUUGAUUCCAAAUAUUGAAGAAAUAAAUCAAGAUGCAUUCGAUGUUACCAGUAAAGUAUGUACGAUGGUUGGUACGGGUGUGGCUGGGAUAUUUGGUCCACAAGAUAAAUCCAUAGCUGAACAUGUGCAGAGCAUAUGUGAUACGAUAGAAAUGCCACAUAUCUCAGUUAGAUGGGAUCCUCAAGAAACGCGUGGGAAAACUGUGAAUCUUUAUCCGCACGCAAAUACAUUGUCCUUGGUAUAUCAAGCACUGAUACAGGAACUCAAUUGGCAAGAGAUGAUAAUAUUGUUCGAAAACACCGAAAGCUUGUUAAGAAUGAAACCAUUGUUAGAACUUCGUGAUACAGGGAUCGAUAUAUUCUUGUAUCAGCUAGGAAGUGGUCCGAAUUACAGGAAUGUGAUGCAAGAGGUCAAGGAAACUGAAAUGGAAAACAUCGUGAUCGAUUGUUCAUUCUGGAUAUUGGACGAGGUUUUAAAACAGGCUCAACAAGUUGGUAUAUUGUCGGAUCAACAUAAAGUGAUAGUUACUUCGUUGGAUCUCCAAACGCUUGAUUUAGAACCUUAUCGUUAUUCCGGCGUGAACUUCACUGGUUUUCGUUUAAUCAAUCCAGAGGACUCAACGGUGAUUGAGAUUUUUGAAAAACACAAACAUGAAUGGGGCUUAUCCGGACCGGAACAACUUCGACUCGAGCCAGCUUUAAUGUACGAUGCCGUUCAGCUUUUCGCUCAAACUUUGCAGCAAUUGAUCGGUACAAACGAGAACAUAAAAGAACUGUCUUGCAAUGGUUCGAUGAGCUGGGAACAUGGAAGCACUUUAUUGAAUUUCAUGCGUGUGACCGAAAUGAGAGGAUUAACUGGAUUAAUAUGGUUCGAUACUACUGGAUUUCGAAGUAAUUUUCAAUUGGAUAUUGUACAAUUGCAACGAGAAGGAUUAACAAAAAUAGGAGUUUGGAAUAGCACACGUGUUAAUGGAAUCGAAUGGAUGCCAGACUUAAGUUCAACAAAAUCCGAUGCUGAAUUAAGUUUACAAAAUAGAACAUUUUUAGUACUUAUAUCUAUGACAAAACCAUAUGGUAUGGUGAAAGAAUCUGCUUCAAUGCUGUCUGGCAAUGAACGGUACGAAGGAUUUGGAAUCGACAUUAUUCAAGAACUCAGUAAAUCACUAGGCUUUAAUUAUACGUUUGAAGUUCAAACAGACAGCGUUUAUGGCUCAUAUAUCAACAAAACAGGAAAAUGGUCAGGAAUGUUAGGGAAAAUAAUGGAUGGGCGUGCAGAUUUAGCGAUCACCGAUCUAACGAUAACUUCUGAUCGUGAAAGUGCUGUGGAUUUUACAAUGCCAUUCAUGAACUUAGGUAUAAGUAUAUUAUACAAAAAGCCAACAAAAGCAACGCCCAGUCUCUUCUCGUUUCUCUCGCCAUUUUCUAACGACGUUUGGCUAUGCCUGUUGGGGUCAUAUAUCUUUGUGUCAGUGCUAUUCUCCGUGAUCGGUAGAUUGUGUCCAGCGGAAUGGAACAAUCCUUAUCCUUGCAUCGAAGAACCCGAGGAGUUGGAGAACCAGUUCACGUUGAAGAAUUCCUUUUGGUUUACCAUCGGAAGCAUAAUGCAACAAGGUUCCGAUGUAGCACCUAUUGGAUUUUCAACAAGAAUGAUGGCAGGAUGCUGGUGGUUUUUUUGUUUGAUCAUAGUCUCUUCUUACACGGCAAAUUUAGCUGCUUGCUUGGCUAUUGCUGCUAACAUACCAGCAUUUAGCAACGUCGAGGAACUAGCUAGACAGAAAGUCAUAAAAUACGGUGCAAAGAAUGGCGGAUCGACCUUCGACUUUUUCAAAAAUUAUGCCAAUUCCAAGGAGGCCUCCUACCAGACGUACAAGGAUAUGUACAACUACAUGAUGAGUACCGAUGACGUAUUAACCAAGGACAACGACGAAGGAUUGAAGAAGGUCCUGCAAGAGAAUUAUGCCUUUUUAAUGGAGUCCAGUUCGAUCGAGUACAUCAUUCAAAGGGAGUGUAACGUUACGAAAGUUGGGGGUUUGUUGGAUCAGAAGGGUUAUGGGAUCGCCAUGAAGAAGAACUCACCUUAUCGUCAUCAAUUAAAUACGGCGAUACUCAAAUUACAAGAAAGUGGUAGAAUCACCGAACUCAAGAAAAAAUGGUGGACCCAAAAGCGUGGCGGUGGAAAAUGCGAAGAAGGCGUAGCAGCAAGUUCGGCGGAAGAAUUAAAUUUGAAACACGUGGGCGGUGUGUUCUUAGUUCUUUUCGUUGGUAUUGGAUUUUCUUUUGUCUUCACGUUAUUCGAGCUCGUUUGGGAAGUUGCUGUUAAGUCAAUAAAAGAAAACCUUUCUUUCAAGGAAGAGAUGUUGGAGGAGAUAAAGUUUAUAGCAAAAUGUACCAGUGCAACUAAAUCAGUAAGACAAAGAAAAAAUUCAUCUCAUAGAAGCGGACAAGAUAGUACAGAAGAUUGCAGUCCUCCUUAUGGAUUCGUACCAACUGUAAUUACAACUUCACCCGACGAUGAUAAUAAAUUGUUGUUUCUAAUGCAAUGGUAUAUCAUUGGUAUAUCAAUAUCGUGUGGUAAUAACAAACAAAUAAAUAAACAAAUAAUAAAUAAAAAGAAAUUAACUUAUUACGUUUGCAGAAUGAUAAAAGAAAUAUUUCUGUCAUGUAUCGUCCUAUUUUUACUACCUUGCAUUCAUGGAUUCCCAAGAAAGGUUCCAAUUGGAGUUCUCCUCGAUGGCGAUGAAAUGAUCGAAAAAGCAUUCGAAUUGUCGAUAAAAAAUGUUAACAAAAAUGCUGAAACAUCUAACGACGUUAAAAGUUUAACAUUAAAAUUGGAAAAGAUCGACGUUGAUACAUUCGAAGCAGCCCAGAAAACGUGUAAACUUUUGGAGAGUGGUGUAGCCGUUUUAUUCGGGCCACAAGACAAAUCUGCAUCGUACUUCGUUCAAAGCAUGUGCGAUGCUAUGGAUUUGCCAUACAUUUCUACUAGAUGGGAUCCUGAACAAACUCGAGGAAAUGCAAUUAAUUUAUAUCCUCAUCCGGAAGUUCUUUCGACGGUCUUUUAUAAUAUAAUCAAAGACUUCGAUUGGAAGGAAUAUGUAGUUUUGUACGACGAUAUAGAAAGCUUGUUACGUUUUCAACGUGUAUUGGAACUCCAAGACAUAAAUGGUUACGAGAUGACGAUUUAUCAUCUGGGAAGUGGUCCAAAUUAUAGAGAUAUCUUGCAAACGGUAAAAAUGUCCGAAGUGAUAAAUAUCGUGAUAGAUUGUUCUUAUGAAAUUCUACCUACGGUUCUCCAACACGCUCAACAAGUAGGUUUAAUGUUGCAAAAAUAUAAUAUCCUCGUAACGAAUCUGGACUUUCAAACGUUGGAUCUAGAACCUUAUCAAUAUUCCGGUGUAAAUGUGACCGGUGUAAGAAUGAUAAAUCCAGAAGAUCCUUAUCUCUUGGAGAUCUUCGAGAAUUUUCAUCUCGAUUGGAACUUAACAAAUCCCUCGGAAUUAACGGUUGAAGCUGCAUUGACCUUCGAUGCCGUGCAACUUUUUGCAAGAGGCAUGGCACUCUUGGAUAAUAGCGUAACUGGCCAUUUAAAACGAUUGGCUUGUAACGAAUCGGAUAGCUGGGAAUUCGGUAAUAGUUUGAGCAAUUUUAUUCGAGCUGAAACUAUAAAUGGAUUAAGCGGACCAGUGAGAUUCGAUACAGCUGGAUUUCGAAGUGAUUUUCGAUUAGAGAUCGUCAGUCUUAAUUUAGAAGGAUUGAAUAAAGUCGGCGAUUGGCGUAGCACGAAUAGUAUUUCAUGGAUAACAAAAACAGGAUUUCCAAACAAUGAGAUAAAAGCAUUGCACGAUAAACAUUUUAUCGUGUUGAUAUCUCUGACCUAUCCAUAUGGAAUGUUUAAAGAAUCACCUGAAUUGAGAACAGGUAACGAUCGUUACGAAGGUUUUGCAAUUGACAUAAUCGAAGAAAUGAGUAAAAUGUUAGGAUUUAAUUAUACCUUCGAGGUACAGGAAGACAAUGUUUAUGGUUCAUUGCAAAAAGCGACCGGAGAAUGGAAUGGAAUGAUUAGAAAAAUUAGAGACGGUAAAGCAGAUCUUGCAAUUACCGAUUUAACAAUCACUUCGGAGAGAGAAAGUGCGGUUGAUUUUACGACACCCUUUAUGAAUUUAGGUAUAAGUGUCUUGUAUAGAGAACCAACACAAGCACCACCAAGUUGGAGUUCGUUUCUUUUACCAUUCUCUUAUGAAGUCUGGGGCGCUCUUAUUGGAUCUUGGGCAAUCGUGAGUUUGGUAUUAUUUAUAAAUGGAAGAAUAAGUGCAAUCGAAUGGACCAAUCGAUAUCCUUGUAUCACCGAACCAGAAGAAUUAGAAACUCCUUAUACGAUGAUAGACACUCCUUUUUUCAUAAUUGCCAGUUUGGUGAAUGGUGCAUCAGAUUUUGCUCCGGGGGGUAUUUCAACGAGAACAAUAGGUACAGCAUGGUGGUGCUUUUGUCUGAUCAUGAAUUCCACUUACACCGCCAAUCUAGCGGCAGCUUUAUCUACCAAGCCUACGGUAUGGCCCUUUAAGAAAGCAGACGAGUUGCCCUAUCAGAACACGAUCAAAUACGGGGCGAAGAGGGACGGUUCUACCAUCUCGUUUUUCAAGACGGCAACCUACGAGCCUUACAAACUCAUGUAUGAUUACAUGAUGGAACAUGGGAGUGAAGUAUUGACGAAUAACAACGAGGAUGGAUUGAAAAAAGUGCAACAAGAGAAUUACGCUUUCUUCAUGGAAUCUUCGUCGAUAGAAUACUUCACGCAGAGGAAUUGCAACGUCACACAAGUUGGAGCCCUUUUAGACGCCAAGGGUUAUGGUAUAGCCAUGAAAAAAGAUAUAUAUUAUCGGAACCAGCUAAGCGGUGCGAUACUGAAGCUGAAGGAGUCUGGGUUGAUAACCGAACUCCAAGAUAAAUGGUGGAGGCAAAAAAGGGGAGGGGAUAAGUGUAGCGAAAAACCGGCUGUGGAGGUCGCUUCAUUGAAUUUCGAGGACGUCGGUGGUGUAUUUAUGGUACUCACAAUUGGUCUCAGUUUGUCCUGGUUAGGUACAAUAUGGUCAUUACUAUGGCACAUACGAAAUAUUUCCGUUACCGAGAACGUUUCUUUCAAGGACGAACUGAUAGACGAAUUAAAGUUUCUAGUAAAGUGUAGCGGUACGAAAAUAGUUAAAAGAAGAAAGAAAUCAUCGAUCUCAACGGAGGUAGAUACGAAAAAGUCGAGUUCUUAAAUUUAAUCGUGAAAGGGGUCUAAUAAACACCGAUUAUUAGAAGGAAGGAACCUACUCGAUUUCAGACCACCCAUAUGAAUCAAGGUCUUUUUUUUAUGAUAUAAUAGAUCAUUUUUAUGGUAGACGAAAGAAAUCACUUUUGGAAUAACGAAUGAUUUUGAUGAGACGAUGGGUAUUAUUAUUUUAAUAUCGUAUUAUUCACCUGCCUAAUUUCGAGAUUAGAAGGUUUUAGAAAGGUUUUAAACUUAUAGAAUAGACGUACGCACACGCGACUAAUGGUACUCUUGAUCCAUAUAUGUAUAUCGCAAAAGAAUAUCACGAAAUUAGUGCUAAUAAUGGUGAACGGCGCUUUAAUAAGCAUUAGGUGUAACAACCUUCUGUCGUAAAAGGGCCGCCGCCAAAGGGUAUCUCGGUGUAACGAAAUUGCUUGCUCGUAAAUAUAUGUUCGAUGGACAGGCGAAACACACGAUGUGCGUGCGCGAGCGCGCACGUUGACCUUAAUGAAGCUACUUUCUGGCCUAGGAAAAAGAAAGAGAGAGAGAGAGAGAGAGAGAGAGAGAGAGAGAGAGAGAG